AUUUCAAUAAAAAGGCGAGCGGACAAGAAAAAGCGCUUCAGUCUCUGUUCUGCUUCUGUCUGCUGCCAGUUAGUUUAGAUCCUCUAGUUUCUUUUUUACUCCUACUUUUAACUUCUUAACUUAUAUUUUUAUUUAUUCUGUCCGUCUAAACUUGAGGAAAUCAAAAUGCUUUCUGCUCGCUCUCCACUUUCCGUCAAGAAUGAGAACAAACUCAGCAGCGAGAUCAACAACAUGUCGCUGGACAAAGAAAACACGCCUCCCAGCCUGAACAACACCCGCAUCUUGGCGUCCAAAACCGCGCGUAAAAUCUUCGACGAUGCUACGCCCAAAGCCGUGAAGAAGAGCAGCAGCAGCGAGGAAGAGCCGCUCCUGAAGGAAAACCCUCGUCGCUUCGUCAUCUUCCCCAUCCAGUACCAUGACAUCUGGCAGAUGUACAAGAAGGCUGAGGCCUCUUUCUGGACCGCAGAGGAGGUGGAUCUGUCAAAGGACCUGCAGCACUGGGAGUCUCUGAAGGAUGAGGAGAGGUACUUCAUCUCUCAUGUGUUGGCUUUCUUUGCCGCCAGCGACGGCAUCGUCAACGAGAACCUGGUGGAACGCUUCACCCAGGAAGUGCAGGUGACAGAGGCCAGAUGUUUCUAUGGUUUCCAGAUCGCCAUGGAGAACAUCCACUCAGAGAUGUACAGCCUCCUCAUCGACACAUACAUCAAGGACGCCAAAGAGAGAGAAUACCUCUUCAACGCCGUGGAGACUCUGCCGUGUGUGAAGAAGAAGGCCGACUGGGCCAUCAACUGGAUCGGCAACAAGAGCGCCAACUACGGAGAGCGUGUGGUGGCCUUCGCUGCUGUGGAGGGAAUCUUCUUCUCUGGUUCCUUCGCUGCUAUCUUCUGGCUGAAGAAGAGAGGCCUGAUGCCCGGCCUGACCUUCUCCAACGAGCUCAUCAGCAGAGACGAGGGUCUGCACUGUGACUUCGCCUGUCUGAUGUUCAAACAUCUGCUGAACAAACCGUCCGCAGAGACUGUCACCAGCAUCAUCAGGAACGCCGUGGAGAUCGAACAGGAGUUCCUGACAGAGGCUCUGCCAGUGAAGCUGAUCGGGAUGAACUGUGAGCUGAUGAAGCAGUACAUCGAGUUCGUAGCCGACAGACUGAUGCUGGAGCUCGGCUUCUCAAAGAUCUACCGGGUGGAGAACCCCUUCGACUUCAUGGAGAACAUCUCUCUGGAGGGAAAGACCAACUUCUUUGAGAAGCGUGUGGGCGAGUACCAGAGGAUGGGCGUGAUGUCCGGCCCCACAGACAACACCUUCAGGCUGGACGCAGACUUCUGAGGACCGAGUUGGACGGACCAACACUCAGACACAUAUUUCAGUCAGAAGUUGAUUCUUGAGACUUUGACUCGUCGGUGCUGCUCCUCCUGAGCGGAGCGUUGACUCUGAACUGUCACUAUUGUAAAGGACUAAGGACCUAUUUUAUGCAUCUCAGGAUGCUGGGUGUUCGCUUACAGGUGGUUAAGUUAAUAAAUGAGCUUUUCAGCCAGUCAGAAUACAGAUAAGGGCACUGCAGCCCAGAGAUCUGUCCAAACUAAUCAGACGUAUUGAUUUAUCUGGAUAACUGCUGUUAACAGAUAACUGUAACGUUUGGAUCAGAACUCUGGUUUUAUUUUUGUUUUCUUUUUGUAUGUAAACUAACUUUGUAGAGUUUUGUUUUAUAAAAUCUAUCUACUUAUGUAAUAUGGUGUUUUUUAGUUUAAAUUUGUACAGAAUGGUUUAGUGUUUUUUGUAAUAAAGUCACAUUUACUGUG